UGCUCCUCCUUCUGGCUGAUCUGAUUUCCAUGGCGACUUUUCAGAAGCUAAAGACGUCGGAGAUGCCACGUCGAGUAAAAACACUGCUAAAGCGUUUACAGGAUGUUUUGCUGCAUCCACCUCCUGACUGGUCGAAAUGCACAGAGGAUCUGUUAAUCCCAUCAAUGCCUGCUGUGAGUUUACAGUGGACGUACCGAGAUGGCCGAAUGGUCAACUUACCCAUCUGUCUGCUAGUGGAAGGUGACAUCAUUUCCCUGCGCCCAGGCAGCGAAGCCCCCACCGAGCUCAGGGGCAUCAAGGAUGAAGAACACGUCAUCCUGUCUCGCAGUGAUGUGUUCAGUCAUCUCUCCAGUCCGCCAUCACCUCCGGUUCAUGGAAGGUCACGACCUCACCAUUUGCUCCAGCCUCAGCUUUUCAGGGUCACUCGGACUCCAGCCGUGGAAUUGGUUCAGAGAUGUUUGGAGCUUUCUCAGCACAGACCCGUCUCCGUGUUGGAUAACGAACGUUUCACAGUGCAGACGUUACUAGAGAGAGGUCCUGCUCCUCUCGCUUUGGUGGCGCUGUUGGUGCUGAACACAGUGCGCUACAUACUGGGGGCUCCUGGAGUCGGACCCUGGCAUGUUACACUACUACAGCUACCAGUAUGUGGCGUCGUGCCGCUCUUACCACUGACCUUCCCGUUGCUCUGGCUGCUGGUGGGAACGUACGGAGAAGUGCGAGUCCUCCUUCAGAUGGACCCUCAGCCAACGGCAUUGUGGGAAUCGUGGAAGUUGACGUGCAGCAAGUUUUUCUCUGUGCUUUCCGGCCGAUGCUCAGCACUCUGUCACACAGCAAGUCUGCUGCACAACCUGGGCUCUGUGACUGUGUUAUGCUGUGUUGAUAAGCAAGGCAUCCUGUCCUGGUGCAGUCCAAACCCAGAAAAGAUUUUGUUCUUCAGUAAAACGCUUUCUUCAGAGGAAGCGAAAGAGAACGAGCGAGAGAAAAAGAAAGAUGAAAGCUCUGAGCCCCGCCCCCUCAGUGGUCUGGAGAUGCUGAGUCUCUCGUUGGACCAGGCAUGCUUCGAUGACCCUCGAGUGCAGUUUGAUGACAUGCAGUGGGAACGACAUGCCCCUUCUCUACGUCCACUCGGUUUGGCCACUCAGCUGCUGCUUGGCGAUGCCGAUGUAGCGGCACGUGUGCUCCACCUCUCCGAUCAUCUUACCCACGCUGCACUGCUGCGCACACGCCCUCCCUGCCAACCGGUUCGCCCGCCGUGGGGCCUCUGCCAGCUCCCAAAGAUACUGGGGUUCUCUCCUUUGGCCCAGGAACCAUUCCAGCAGAGGAUGAGCGUAGCUGCCUACACCUUACCCACAAUCCCUUGCUCUGGAGAACCAGGGGUGAUUGCUUCUCCCCCUGUUUCUAUGAGACGACUCCCGUUCUCACAUCUCAUCGCCCUGCUGGUGCACCACGCACACACUGGAGAUUUCCAUUUGUUUUCUUACGGCUCUGCCGACGCUGUCCUCAGCACCUGCUCGGAAUUCUGGGACGGAAACGAGCUUCAGACGCUUUCCGACUCGGACAGGAAGAAGGUGGUGGAUUUCUACCAGCGCUCCUGCAUGGCAGGUCAGUGUCUCGCUGUGGCCUUCAAGCCUCUGCUGCAGCCUCAGCAUCUCGAGAUCGACGGAAUGUGUGUCGAACUUCCUGCCAAUCUGAGCAACAAAGACUCAGGUACAACACAGUAUACUACAAUCUAUGGCCAAAAGUAUUGGGACAGCAGUUUUUGGAGAAAUGCACAAAUUUGGCAGGACACAAUUAUGAUGCAUUUUGUCUCCCUGAAGCAGCAGGUUUUUCUUGGCCUAGUUUCGUCUCAGUACCAAGCGAGACCCGACAUGGUCCGACUCAUUUCAGGACUGGACAGCGCAUGUAUUCGUUUUGUAUAUUUUUCAAAUGAAGAGGAGGUUAGGAGUAAGGUGUUUGCUGAAAAGAUGGGAUUGGAGACCGGGUGGAACUGUCACAUUUCUCUGCAGUCAGAUUGUUUCCCUCUCGACCCAGAAAACAUUCAUUUAACAGAACGAGAGGAAGAGGAACCUCACCUGCUCAGGGAGUGUGUGAAAGAGGAGGCAGAGUUGAGAUUGAUGGAGCGUGAAAACAGAUGUCUGAUUGAAGAUUUAAACAGGGCAAAGCUGCCCAAAGGUAUUGAGAAUGUCCGGCCUCAUCUGGAGAACAUCGAUAAUGUCCCACUGCUGGUCCCUUUAUUCACAGACUGCACAUCUCAGACUGAGUGUGAGAUGGUGUGUAUCAUGCAGGAGUAUGGAGAAGUGGUGUGUUGCCUCGGCAGCAGCCAGAACGUCUACAACAACGCCAUCUUUCUCCAGAGUGACAUCAGCAUCUCUCUGGAGCCACUGAUCCCCAUCUGCUCCACGUCCACUAACGAGGUCUGGACGAGGACAGGGAGAAAACCAAGCACUGCGAGUCUGAGUCAGCUCUCCAGCGCCAUCUGUGGGCUAGCAUGCACCGUGCAGCUCCAGCAACAGGACAACAACGUGGUCAUCAGCCUGAUCAGACAGGCUCGCCACACCACGGCCGGGAUCAGGAAGUGUUUCCUUUUUUUGCUUCAGUGUCAGCUCUCGCUCGUUCUCAUACAGAUUCUGGCAUGUCUGUGCCAACUGCCUCCUCCUCUGGCUUCCAGUGAUGUUCUCCUUCUCUCAUGUUGUUAUUACCCCUUACUCAGUGUGUCGCUGCUGGGAAAACCAUCUGAUAGCUCCAUCAUGAAGGUUCCUACUGGAAAAAAUCUCAGGUUCCUACCAAAAAAGACAUUGCGUUCCUUCAUGCUCUGCUUCGUGGUGAAGUUUGGUUUGAACGUGUGCAUCUAUCUGACCUGCUUUGGUCUUCUUCUGCACUCCUUCUGCCUGGAUAUCAACCAUGAAGACAACAAACUCUGCCACCCGACUGCUCUGCUCACGAAUUCCACAGCGUGGUCUCCAGACUGGUAUGGCAGACACUCAGAUGGUCUCGUUCUGGGACAGAAAGUCGUCGCCUUUCUCACUCUUCUCUACGCCAUUUGUACAUCAGUCAGUCACGUGCAUCGCUCAGCGCCACUCUGGAGGCAGAACCCUUUAAACAACCCGAGCUGGUGCACCGUCAUCUGUACACUACCCAUCUUGAGUGUUUCCGUAGCAACCAUGUCCCGUCUGCUCUGGCAUGACCCCUCCCCCCACCACACGUUCUACCUGAGUGAUGUGCCCCUGGUCACAUGGUUGCUGGGGAUCCUGUGGCUCCUCCCCCUGGUGUUCAUUAACGAGGGAAUAAAGCUGCAUGAAAUCAGGAUGAGGGUGAGAUACCAGAAGAGGCAGAAGCUGCAGUUCGAUACUAAACUUGGAAUGAAUUCUCCUUUCUGACUCUCUCCCUCCCUUUUACUCUCUGUCUCUCUCUAUCUCUCUAUCUCUUUCUCUCUAUCUUUCUAUCUCUCUCUCACACACACACACACACACACACACACACAAACACACACACACAGCGAGUACUAAAGGCAUCUGAAAGUCAUGUCAACUGGACUUCUAUCUGGUUGGAUUAAACGUGUCACCACAUCUGAGCAGCUUCUUCAGUCUGAGGGACGAUGGCAGGAUUCCACACAUUUGUAUACCUCAUGGAUCGCAUUAUUAAAGCUGUACUUAUGAUCGGAAGCCAGCAGGUGGCAGUGUUGCUACACUGCAGUGGCUUUGUGAGGGAUUUUUGUAAGGAUUUAUUUUUACAGUGUGUAAUAAAGGCAAAGAGACAGCAGGUGGCAGUGUUGCUACACUGCAGUGGCUUUGUGAUUUUUUUUUUUCCACUUAACUGUCGAAAUCUGAAUAAACA